CUUAAUUAUUUAUUUCCAAUCCAACCAGUUCCAGCUGGGCCCACUGCGUCCACAUUGUUCUUUAAGUCAUAAUCAAACUUCAAUUCUCCGCCGUUUUUCAUCUUUUAAAGGAACCAUAAGAAUAAACCCCUCAAACCUCACAAAAUUAAUCCCAUGGAAAUCUUUCCCUACUCUUCUUAUCCAGAAUCCGACGAUUCUUCGCCUCACUAUCGAGAAAUGGAAUGCGAAAACCAGUCAUGGGACGACCCGCCGUUGAUGAACGCUACGAGUAAUUCUAAUAAAAAGGUUAUGUGCAGUUAUGGGGGCAAAAUCCAGCCGCGUUCACACGAUAACCAGCUCGCUUACGUUGGUGGAGAUACGAAGAUCCUGGCCGUUGAUCACAACAUAAAGUUUUCUGCUAUAAUGGCCAAGUUAUCUUCUCUCCACGGUGGGGAUUGUGAGGUAUAUUUCAAGUAUCGGCUUCCCGGUGAAAAUCUCGACGCUUUGAUUUCCGUUACAAAUGAUGAAGAUCUGGAGCAUAUGAUGGUGGAAUAUGGUCGGACGCAUCGUGUCUCCGCCAAACCGGCCCGGUUGAGGCUGUUUUUAUUCCCGUUGAACCCACCGUUAGUGGCGCCAGGAUUUGAAGGGAGUGAACUGAAGUCUGAGCGGCAAUGGUUUGUUGACGCCUUGAAUUCGGGUCAGAUUCAAAAUCUUGAUGCCACUUUGCCUCCAGCUGCUGCGGUGCCGGUGACGAAUCUUGAUUUCCUCUUCGGUUUGGAUAAGGUGAAGGUGCCGGAUUUUUUACCUCCUCCGUGGGAUCGGACUGCGGAUUCGGAGGACCGACAUGUAAUUGCGGACCCGAUGAUGUUUCCAGCGGAGAUCCAGAGACAGAUCCAGGAGUUACAGAGGAUGCAUAUUGCUGCAACUCAAGAACAAGGCAUUUUGCAGAGAAAAGUUGAUGAAUCAAACGCUAAAGCUUUCAGCACUCAAGAUUAUUCUAAAACGUCAGAUAAAAUCACCACUUCACCGGCACCGAUAUCAGCUCCGUUGCAAAUUUUGAUUCAAACGGCAUAUUUAACCAACGCUGCUUAACGGCAACUGCAGCC